AUGGCUGUAACCUUGGCUAGCUUUUGCCUCCUAGUCUUGGUGGCAGCCCUAGGACCUCAUCGAGCUUACGCCUCCAUUCGUAGCUCACUUGGCCACAAACGUGCUGCUGCUGCGGCUGCCCCAGCCGUCGGUAUAUGUGCGUCUUCGGUGCUCGUAUAUGGCUACCAAUGCCAGGAGCUUCAGGUGACAACCCAAGACGGUUACAUACUGAGUUUGCAAAGAAUCCCAGAAGGUCGUCAUAGUAAUGGGACUAAGAAGCCACCGGUCUUAAUUCAACAUGGUGUCCUUGUGGAUGGAGUCACCUGGCUCUUAAAUUCUCCGGAUAGAAAUCUACCGUUGAUUUUGGCUGAUAAUGGGUUUGAUGUGUGGAUUGCUAACACCAGAGGGACCAGGUUUAGCCGACGACAUACUUCCAUGGACCCCUCCGAUCCGAAAUUUUGGAAUUGGUCUUGGGAUGAACUGGUGGCCUUUGACCUACCAGCUGUUUUUGAUUUCGUGUAUAGCAAAACAGGACAGAAGGUUAAUUACGUGGGCCAUUCACUGGGUACUUUGUUUGCAUUGGCAUCGUUAUCAGAUGGGAAACUGGUGGACCAGAUGAAGUCGGCAGCCUUGUUGAGCCCCAUUGCUUAUUUGAGUCACAUGAACACUGCACUUGGCGUGGCUGCUGCAAAGGCCUUUGUUGGUGAGAUCACUACGCUAUUCGGUCUUGCCGAGUUCAAUCCAAAAGGGGAGCCUGUGGCCCAAUUUCUCAAUGCUCUGUGUGUUUAUCCAGGGGUUGACUGCUAUGACUUACUAGAAGCAGUUACUGGAAAAAACUGCUGCCUCAAUUCUUCCACUGUUGAUCUCUUCCUGAAGAAUGAGCCUCAGUCAACAUCCACCAGGAACAUGGUGCACUUGGCUCAAACUGUGCGAGAUGGGGUGUUGGCAAAAUACAACUACGGGAGACUAGACUACAAUUUGAUGCAUUAUGGGAAAUUUAGCCCUCCAAUUUAUAACCUAUCCAACAUUCCCCAUAACCUUCCUCUGUUCCUCAGCUAUGGCGGCCGAGACUCGCUCUCUGAUAUUCGGGACGUGGAGCUUUUACUUGAUAUUCUUAAGCUUCAUGAUGUGGGCAAGCUGACUGUUCAGUACAUAAAAGAAUAUGCACAUGCAGACUUCAUCAUGGGGUUGAAUGCCAAGGACAUCGUGUACAAUCAAGUUACUGCCUUUUUCCAGCAGCAACAAUGA